GCCAGGUCCUGCUCCUGUACUGCAAGACACUUGAAAAUCACACAAUGAGAUUCUGUUCUUUUAUUCUGCUGCAUUCAGUCUGCUUUCUAGGUAUAUCCACAAAGGGCAGGGAUAUAAUGAAACAACGAUCUAACCUGCUGCCUUGCCAUGGAGAACAAGUAGCUCUACUCUCUGAUGGUCUUCUCCAGCUCGGAUCUGGAUUGAAGAGAGAAGCUGUCCAUACAGAAGAGCGUAUUUCCAGGAUUUUGAAACAAAUUGAUCUAUUCAAUAUAUCUCUUGAAAACAUAUUUAAUGAUGUUUUCCAAACUGCUAAACUCGGGCAAGAUCUUGAAACAAAAACUAGAGUCUUUCUUCUUAAUGAUACAAUGUGCCAGACUGUGGCUGAAUUGAAAAAAGAGGUGGCUAUGAUAAAGGUACUUGGAGCAUCCCUGGAGGGCAAGAUUAAACCUUUGGAAAAGAAGAUUAGGAAGGCUGUGAACAAUCACAACAAGAACGAUUUGUUUCCAACCAUGUCAACUAUUUUGUCUUCAAUCGAAAACCAAAACACACAAAUUGAAGAGCUGAUUCUAGUGGUCAACAUCCAUCAGGACAAGAUUAACAUGCAAGAGCAGCAGAUUGAGACCUUAUUAAAGAUGGUUGAGUCAAGAAGCAUAAAGAAAAAGUCUAAACGAAUAAGAGAUGCUCUCAAAUAAACCUAUAUUUUGCUCCUUGCCAAACAUUUUUUCCAUUAAAGAAGAUUCACAAGUGCUCUUUCGCUAUACCAUGCUGUCAACUCUACCUCCAAACAAAAGCAUCUUGGGACUAAGAAAAGUAUGACUGGCUGACCAGCUGACUUGAGUUUGCACAGCUUGUGUGAUAUUUAGCCAAUGUGGCCCUUGUCAUAAAAAAUGCUUAAAAACUGAGCCCUAGUCAUAA